AUUGGGCUUAAUGGGCUAUAGAUAUUUCAGCCCAAUAUCUUCCGUGUAACUACAAAACUGAAUUAGGGUUUUAGAUCCCAUCUAUCUCUCUACAUAUAUUGCUUUGCGGCUUACUCUUUCUUCUCAAAUCGCAUUUCUCUCACAACAGCCAAAGGGUUUGCUCGUAGAAGAAGAAGAUGACAACAGUACCUGGACCUCUUGUUUGGGAGAUUGUGAAGAGGAACAACUCUUUCUUGGUCAAGGAGUUUGGUAACAACACUCAGAGUGUUCAGUUUAGCAGAGAGCCAAACAAUCUCUACAACCUCAACUCCUACAAGUACUCUGGUUUGGCCAACAAGAAAACUGUUACUAUUCAGUCAGCUGGGAAGGAUCAGUCUGUGUUGUUGGCCACCUCCAAGCCAAGGAAGCAGAACAAGCCUUCGGCUUUGCUUCACAAAUCUGUGAUGAAGAAAGAGUUUAGGAGAAUGGCUAAGGCUGUUCAGAACCAGGUGGCAGAUAACUACUACAGACCAGAUCUCAAGAAGGCUGCUCUUGCAAGGUUGAGUGUUGUUAACAGAAGCCUCAAAGUUGCAAAGUCUGGUGCCAAGAAGAGGAACAGACAUGCUUGAUUGAAUUAGAUUGAGAAGAGAGUUUAAUAUCUUAACAAUUUCAUGGAUUGUGUCCACCUUUUUGUAGUUUUUUUUCUAUUCUAGAACUGGAUUGCCGAGUUUUGGAUUUCUGUCUGGUACAUUAUUUUUAUUGUGUUUUUAAAUAUAAGACGAAUACCAUCUUA